GCUUCUCUCUUCAAAUGAGUUUGCUUUUCAUGUUUUUACCCCAAAUCCCGAUAUCUCUGGAACAAGUGCUGUUUAUAUACGAUGAGUACUGAACCGUGUCUACUCUAGCUCGGUUCUAAGAUUUCGGUGUGAUUCAUUUUGGAAAUAUUUGUUCCCUCGUUGUUCAGCAAACCAGUAGGGAUAUUAUUGCAUUGUGGAAGGGGAGACCGAUAGGGAGUAGCCAUACUGUAGAAAUCAACAAAUCUCUUUUAUUGGGCAAGUGGGACACAAGAACCACCACCACAGCAGCAGCAGCAGCAGCAACAACAGCAGGAACAACACAACAACAACAACAACAACAACACAAAUGAGAUUGUCGAUCACAUAUUUGGAAACAAGCAUACAAGCAUUUGUUCUGAAUAAUCAAUUUCGCGGAGGUAGAUUUAACCUUAGUAAAUUUGGCUUGAUUUAUUUGACACUUGUAUGUUAUUUGUCACAAUCUCAAUAGUCGUUCGCCUCGCAAUUUCCUCGCUACCAUCUCCACGUCUGUGUAAAUUUCACGAACGAUAGCUUGAAAUAAGUCCAUUCAAUUUUUGCGGAAAAAUUUUCAAUUAUUUCGUCUUAGUUUUCAUUUGACAAAUAAUUAUCAAUGCCUGCAGAGUUUUGUACUUACAAUCGAAAUGUUAGUCUUACUUUAAUUUGUUUCCACAAUUGUACAUACGAAUUAAACCGAGCUGUGAAAGACUUCAAUCCGGGUCUGCAAGCAUUUUCUUUUUAUUGUGCAAAAAUGCAUUUGAAAUAGGUAUGUCGUAACGGAAAUCCUAUGACAAUGAAAGAAAUACGGCGAUGCUGACUUUUAUGAGCAAGGAUCUGGCUGAUUCAUCAGGAACAACGAAUAUGGCCAAGAGAUGUCAGGGAGCUACCAGUUUUGGCUGAUAACACUCAGUACCUAAAAAACAUCAGAAAGGCAUAAUUGCUACUCGCUAUCAUAUGCUAGGUAGAAAACACGAGAUGGCUGCCCAAAGCAACACAGCUCUUUCCAACGAUGGUUUUGACUGCGGCAGUUGUAGCGACAAAGAAGUUCAAAAAAUUGGGAAUGCAAAUGGUUCGAUUCAUCUGGUACCUCCAAGUUAUCUCUAUAAUACAGGAUCUGGCCAGACUACAAGGGAUCUAGACCAAGAGCAUAGCAACCAAGAUCGUGCAUCUGAGGAUGAAUUAGGACCCCUUCCAUCCAAUUGGGAGAAAGCCUACACUGACACUGGAGAAGUAUAUUUUAUCGAUCAUAACAGCGGCACGUCGCACUGGCUUGAUCCAAGGUUGUCCAAAUUUCAAAAACGUUCCCUAGAAGAAUGUUUGGAUGACGAGCUACCUUAUGGGUGGGAAAAAAUAGAUGAUACUUUGUACGGAACCUACUUUAUCGACCAUGUGAAUCGGCGAACCCAAUACGAGAACCCAGUACUCCAAGCCAAACGGGCUCAGCAGGGCGUGACAGACUGUAAAAGUUCAGUAUUCACUAGAAACCCUGAUAAAUUAAAGGGGCUAAGAAUACGUAGUACGCUGCUGAAAGGUACCAGAGGACUGGGUUUCACUAUUGUCGGUGGAGAUGACACUAUUGAAGAAUUCCUUCAGAUAAAAAGUGUCGUGCCAAACGGACCAGCCUGGAUAGAUGGAAAGCUGCAGACUGGCGAUGUUCUUGUUUAUGUUAAUGAAACCUGUGUUCUUGGAUAUACUCACAACGAAAUGGUAAACGUGUUCAAAUCUAUUUCGAGUGGGGAGACUGUCACUAUCGAGGUAUGCCGUGGCUACCCACUGCCCUUUGAUCCAAACGAUCCCAAUACUGAAGUGGUGACCACAAUAGCAGUCAAUGCUCCAGAUGUACCGAUUGAGGAUCCAACACUUUACAUGGACAUUAAUCCUAGUAUGCAUUCUAAUGAUCGUUUCAACUAUGUCGACGGAAACCUGUUACCAGUACAUAAGAUAUCGAACAGUGAAAAUCUGGCAACCACAUCCGUCAAUUCUAUGCCUGAUCUCUGUAUUUCUGAUAAAGUUACAACCAUAAAGCGGCCAAAUAGUACAGACAUACUACUGGGAGAAAGUGUGAAUGAGGACAAUGGCGAUGAAUAUAUGGUGGGACGAGAUGUACAGCAGGAAAAUAAUGAGGGGGAUGAAGAAGUCGGAGAAGACGAAUCUAGACCUUACAAGGAACGACAACAGCCUCCGGUAACACCUGCCAAGCCCGAGUUUCUUAGCAUAUUGAUUGUAAAAGGUACAAUGGGGUUUGGUUUCACGAUAGCAGACUCGGCACAUGGACAGAAAGUGAAAAAGAUCUUGGACCGGCAGCGCUGUAAAAAUUUGAUGGAAGGUGAUAUAUUGGUUGAUAUAAAUGUGACAAAUGUAAGAAACAUGUGCCAUUCAGAGGUUGUGCAAGUGCUCAAGGAUUGCCCAAGGAACAAAGAAGCCCUUAUCCAUGUCCAGAGAACCCACAGGAUUAAGGAUAAGAAGGACAGAAAUUCGGCAGAACUAUUCAGGAGCAAAACACCGACUGCUGACCUCUAUAGUACGCUAUCAAAGACCAUUCUGCCAAGUAGGCCAAAGACUCCGUUAGUUGAUACAAGAACGACGGGGCAUAGGCCAAAGACUCCCACCACUGCCAGCACCGAAAUAGACAACUUGGGCUGGUCCACCGAAACUCGGGUGGAUUCCAAUUCCAUAAAUGGUCACCGUUAUAGAUACGCAGACUUAAGUGAGCCUGUGAACUACAAGGACACGCUGUACAGGGGGAAUUUAACCAUGCACUUGCCCGAGACCUUUGCUGCUCUUGCCAAAUUGGAUGAUGAACCAGGUAGAAGUUCGGACAAGCCAUGUUGGGGCGCCACGAAAGAGGAUAGCCAAAUUGACAAAGGUGGAUCAAGGACUGAUGUAUACUCUGUCGAUAUUCCUCGUCUCGAUGGAUCACUGCACAAGCAGAAUGGUGGACGAAUUGUAGAAUACAAUUACGAAGAGCCGUACCUGGUGCAAUCGCAACGACAAUACACAGAACAACAGUUCGAUUACCAUCCCUAUGGCAUUGGCCAAGAACAAAAUGUUGACACUGGCGAGAUUUGGGAAAAGCGUAAGGAGACAACGAGCUUUGAGCACGAACAACCACACUCGGGUCCCCUUGCCAGGUACCACCAGCAAUACGGGAGUGAAUUACUUUGCCCUGUAACACCAGGUAUCGAAUGGGUCGAAAUGCUGGUUACACUCGUGCGACAAAAUACUGGAUUUGGUUUUCGAAUAGUCGGGGGUACAGAGGAAGGAUCACAGCAGGUUUCGGUUGGACAUAUCGUCCCAGGUGGAGCUGCUGACCUGGACAAUCGAUUGAUAACAGGUGACUUGAUAAUGUCAGUAGACGGGGAGAGUGUAAUGAAUUCUUCGCAUCAUCACGUUGUUCAACUCAUGAUAGCGGCAGCGCAGAAUGGCCGAGUAACACUAGGUAUUCGACGUCGCAUCAACGUUCAGGAGACCCUCCAUAUGUCCUAUGAUCGUCACCAAAAUGUACAAUAUCCAUACGACAUAACUGUGUCGCGCCUGGAGAACGAGGGUUUUGGAUUCGUUAUUAUAUCCUCACUGAACAAGGCUGGGUCGACAAUUGGAAGGAUUAUUGAAGAAUCACCCGCGGAAAGAUGCGGCCAAUUGAAUGUUGGGGAUCACAUUCUAGCAGUUAAUCAUGUCGACAUCACUAACGUAUGCCAUAAGGACAUAGUCAAUCUGAUAAAAGACUCGGGUUACUCUGUGACACUGACAAUAGGUUAUCCCUUGGAUGAUUGUUGCAGUACUAUGUCGUUAUCACAAAAAGAUGAAACAGCCGGAGAUGGUGAUGGCGGACAAUACCAUGCUGUCGAGUUGACAAGGGGUACUCGAGGGUUUGGAUUUAGUAUCCGAGGUGGACGAGAAUUCCAAAACAUGCCAUUAUUCGUUUUACAAAUUGCGGAGAACGGGCCGGCGUCAGUCGACAGCAGGCUCAGGGUUGGUGAUCAAAUCAUUGAAAUAAACAGUAUAAACACGAAGAACAUGACACACACGGAAGCAAUCGAGAUCAUUCGCAACGGUGGACCAUCCGUUCGACUGUUGGUCAAACGAGGUUGCCAGAUGCCUUCUGUUGUCGGUGCUCCACCUCAUUUGUAUGACAUGAAUAUAUGAAGAAUGAAUACAUGUGUACUCACAAAUUGAAGAAAAUCAGAGAUCAGGUUGAGCACUAUAAUCAUUGGACAUCAACUUGCUCCUAAAGAAUCUUAAGAGAGAGUCCAGCAAAUACGACUCCAUGAUGCGGCAAGUCUAACGUAUAUAUUAGUGGUGUACAAUUAUGGACCUGUUGAAAGUCACCAACAUCGUUUUCGGAGGCUUGAUCAGAUGGUAGCAGAAAACACCGGUGGUCUGCAAUCGGUCAGAAUCUAUCUCCAUAGGUGGACAUACGCGUGACUGACGAUAUGCAUAUACAUAUGUGUACAGGGUGUUGCGCGAGAACUAAUUUGCAAAUUUCCUUCGUGGUACCCUCUGAAAAGUUUGUUUGGUUUGAAAGAAGGAUUUUCUCCAAAGAUGAGCGUUCUACAUUAUGUCUAACAUUUUUUUUUUUAGAAAACGUUAAAAAUUAAAUGCGCGAUAUCUUAAACGUAAUGUUCAACGCUCAUCUGUUGAAAGAAUCUUUCUUUCAACCCAAGCAAACUCUUGACAACCCGGUUGAAUGGUUAGAAAUCAUGAGUCGAGCAACUUUCUAUGUCAGUUUUAAUCACAGGAAAAGCUUGUACCACAUGUCCGAUAUAGCGAUAUAGACAACAGCAUUAAUCGCUAAUUCUAUACCUAUAUAAGGUUAGGGUGCUUCAGGAAAAAAUAAUUUGUAAAUUUCCACCGUAACAUGAGCGUUGUAUGUUAUGUUCAAGAUGAUGCUUAUUCGAUUUUUCAGUUUACUAAAAAAGUGAAAAGUCGAAUGAGCGCUAUCUUAGACAUAACUUAAAACGCUCACCUCUGGAGAGAAUCUGUCUUUCAACUCAAACAAACUUUUCAGAUGGUGCCACGAUGAACAUUCGCAAAUUGUUUCGUUUGUGCAACACUCUAGUAUACAUUCACAAAGCAUAAAUUCCAUGGUGAAGAAUAACAAAGACGGAGCCAAAGCCGACUUGUAUCUUCUUAAAUAUCACAAAGGCCAGUUUAUGUCAUCAUAGCGGCACUAAUGAACAUACAGUUUAUCUAUUUGAUCUCAUCACAGCUAUAUUACACAAAGUGAUGGUUGUCGAAAAUAAAUUGGCAACUAAAAAAAUUGGGUUUGCUGCUGCCUUAAGCGUAGCGACAGUCAAGCCCAAUGUUGGCAGUAUGAUACUGGGGAUUUCAAAUUACCCAAGAACCGCUGCAAAAACUGCGAUUUGAUCGAAAAGGCAAUCUGAUGUUUGCUAGACUCUUCUUUGAGGGUCUUUACUUGUUGCUAUUCUUGCCGCUCUCGCUUCUCCCCUCACAGUGUUGCAGACUAGUGCUAUAACAAAAAGUCCUAGACAAUGCCAGCAAAUAGAAAAGCAGCAAUUGUGACAGCAAUUAUUUAUUAAAUACUGAUUCAAUCCUUCAAAUUGUACCUUCAGUAUACGUCGAAACAAGUCUUGAAUUUGUUACUUAUCCCUGGCGCAUGUGAAAAUCAGUGAAGAAUCUAAUUUUUUAUAAUCAAUGUUACAUGGUAGACAAAGAUAGAAACAACCGUUGGCAGUGUAAUACUUUAGGACUGCAUUAACUUGUUUCAUUUUUUUAAGAGAUUAAAGUUGAACAAAAUUUAACAUGGAUUGGCUUUAAUCCACUUAAUCUAUUAGUCUAGUGUGGAAUUAGAUGCAAACAUAAUUUAUAUCAUAGGGUUGAGAUCACCGACAUAGUAUUUAAGUAUCCUAAUUAAUAAGUGACUGGCCAUCUCAUUAUAAAUUAUGUUCACCCUACAGUUUUGAUCUGGUUACAGCUUGCUCACAUUGUCGCUUGCAAUUCGAUUGUACUACGCGAUUGAAUGAAAGUGUCAUUAAAUUUGUGCUACCGAGAACGCGUUGUUUAGCCUUUAAAAUAUUGUGAUAGCUUCAUAAAAUUGUGCCUUUGAUGUGUUUGAUGCUCACAUCGGUAGAUUUUGAACAUGGUUAUAAUGUUUUCAUAUUUUACUAAAUUCUCCACAAAGUAAAAAACAGAAAAGUAUUCACCGGAUCGGUCGUAGCUGAUAGAAAGCUAUAGCAUACACAUAUAAUGUAAUAUGGAUAUUACCUGUGCAACUGAUGAGCGGAUAUGAUACAUACAUAUUUUUAUUUCACCUUAAGUUUAUCUAUGUAUUUGGUAGCUCAAGUAAAGAUAUUAUUUGGCCAGCCCUGGUAUAGGAACCAAAACGUACUGAAACAAUAGCGGAUGUGUGACAAAAGCCAUGUCUUAGCGUCUUGAUUUUUGAAACGGACACACGCCUUGAAAUGCCUUAUCUGUAUAGCAUUUAGAUUAUUGGGUAAGAUAAAUCUUUGCAAACCUUGGAAACGGGGUAUGACUGAGUUAUUCGAUAACAUUACUGCACGAGCUGUAUUAUACGCUGUGCUGAUUCAACUUGUUGGGCAUUCGAUUGGGUACACGAGUUUCUCAUCUGUAUGAGAAUGGGUAAAGAAGAAUUAGAUGAGGGCAGGCCACGCGACUACCAACGCAUAUUACAGACAUGUAGCCAAAGGAAAGGCCCACAUUUGUCAGUCUCUAUUGGUUUAACAUAGUCUACCCAAAUGCAGAUCAGAUUAAACAAAGCGGUUAGACUUCAGUGUAUUGCACCCAAUUGUAAGGUUUGGUAAAUCUCAAACUGUAUAAACACAUUUGAAUACAUAAGAACAUGGUACAUGAGUAUGUGACAGAGUCACACGCCAUAUUGCACAUGCCUAUUUAAACUAUCAUGGUUAAACAUAAGUCUAUAUUGUCUACAUGUACGGUCAAUAUCUCUUAAAAGUGCCGUUUCUGAGCCACAUGGUCACCACCUACGCCAAAAUAGAUACAACGUUUGGUUCACAUGAUUUGUCCGUUAGGCCUGUGCAGGUAAAAGUUAUGCAUCUUUUGGCACAAGCGGCAAAUGUAUGGCUAGGAAGAAGUUCGUUGAAGAUUGUAUUUGUAGAUUUUGAAAUAGAUUGUGUAACUUUCAUUACUUGGCAUUUUCGUACUUUAGACAUGUCAUUAUGUCCAAGAAUGAUUAUUCUGACCUAUUCACUAUCUCAGCAGCUAUUAUAGCUGUAUUUUUUAUUAUUGCCAAUACCAAUUGUUAAUUUCCAUAAACAAAAACAAAGCUCUCUUUCCUUUCAUGCUCAGCUGCAAUUUUAACAAAUAAGCCUUCUGAUUGGGUAAAUAAUGAAAAUGAUAUGAAAUUGCAAAUUGUCAAACAAUCGAAGUUACACCAAAGGGUCACACAAUCAUUCAAUACUACCAAUCUACAUUGUUCAGAGGUCCAGAAAAAAACGCAUGAUUAUUUUUAAACGCAGUGAUGAUAUAUGUGGCUUAAAAUAUAUCCUUUAUUCAUUCUUCCCGCAGCCUGUGCGAUCCACUGUGUUGCUAGGCUAAAUUGAGACCAUAUAACAGCCACUACGGGUUCUAUUAUUUAAACUCUAAUAAUAAGAUAGGGUUUGCAUCAUUGUUACAUUCAGAAAUAAUGGGACCAAGUCAUACGUAAAAAAUUAGGAAAUCAAUAUUUUAAUGUUAGAGUUCAGAUAUUUCCCGCUGAAAUAAGUACUCUAAAACAAUUGAGGAAAAAUGCUAAAAGUUUUCCUGGUGUUCCAGAAUCUUAUCAAAUUUUCAACUGUAGACAAUGGCAUAGCGCAACUUCAAACUAGACAUCUUGGUAUUGCAUUACAUUAUGUAGAUUCGUAUU